GGGCGCCCGCGGGGUCCUUGGGUCCGACCGCCCGGGCUGGUCCCGUCAUGUGAUCGCGCAGGCCGCGCGCCCCGGCCCCUCCGGAAGAGCCGGGGUGACUCAGCGCCGUCGGGUGCGCCGGGGCCACCGCGAUUAGCCGUUGCUUCCCAGCCGGGGCGGCCCCUCCUGGCCCCGGGUGGUCACCUGUGGGCUGGCCCGACGGCCGUGGCCCCAAGCUCCUGGUCCCCGUCGGGGGUCCCAGAGAGUUCCUUUCCUGAGCUCGCCCACCUGUACUGCGUACCCCCUAACGGGCAGGAGCGAUGAUGUCCCGUCUGGCACCCAGGCGGCCUGCGUGGCUCUUCUGGUGGCAGGCGGCCUGCCCUCAGGGAGUCUCUGCACAGCAGAGGACAUGGGCAGGGGCGUCCAGGAUCCCUGGGACAGGCAGCCCUUGGGGGGCCACGGGCACCAGCCCCCUCGUUCGAAGAGGCAGCUCCUCGGCAUUCUCCUGUGCUCCCGAGGUGGUGCUGACCCGGGAGCGCUACUCCGUGCGGCGGCUGCCCUUCUCCGUGGUGUCUGAGGACGACCUGGCUGCCCUGGAGCGCAUCGUCCCUGGCAGGGUCAUCACAGACCCAGAGGAGCUGGAGGCCCCCAAUGUGGACUGGCUGAGGACGGUCCGGGGCUCCAGCAAGGUGCUGCUGAGGCCCCGGACGUCCCAGGAGGUGGCGCACAUCCUCAGGUACUGUCACGAGAGGAACCUGGCCGUGAGCCCACAGGGGGGCAACACGGGCAUGGUGGGGGGCAGUACCCCCGUCUUUGAUGAGAUCAUCGUGUCCACCGCCCUCAUGAACCAGAUCGUCAGCUUCCACAACGUGUCUGGGGUCCUGGUCUGCCAGGCGGGCUGCGUCCUGGAGGAGCUGAGCCGGUAUGUGGAGGAGCGGGGCUUUGUCGUGCCGCUGGACCUCGGGGCGAAGGGCAGCUGCCACAUCGGGGGGAACGUGGCGACCAACGCAGGCGGCCUGCGGUUGCUGCGAUACGGCUCGCUGCGGGGGACGGUCCUGGGCCUGGAAGUGGUACUGGCCGACGGCACCAUCCUUAACUGCCUCACAUCCCUGCGGAAGGACAACACGGGCUAUGACCUGAAGCAGCUUUUCAUCGGGUCGGAGGGCACCCUGGGGGUCAUCACCGCCGUGUCCAUCUUGUGUCCGCCCAAGCCCAGCGCUGUGAACGUGGCUUUCCUCGGCUGUCCUGGCUUUGCUGAGGUUUUGCAGACCUUCUGCACCUGCAGGGGCAUGCUGGGUGAGAUCCUGUCCGCAUUCGAGUUCAUGGACGCCGAGUGCAUGAAGCUGGUCGGGCUCCACCUCCAUCUCGCCUGCCCCGUGCAAGAAAGUCCGUUCUACGUCCUCAUCGAGACCUCGGGCUCCGGGGCGGGGCACGAUGCGGAGAAGCUGAGCGGCUUCCUGGAGCAGGUGCUGGGCUCGGGGCUGGUGACCGACGGGACCCUGGCCACCGAUCAGAGGAGGAUCAAGAUGCUGUGGGCCCUGAGGGAGAGGAUCACCGAGGCCCUGAGCCGGGACGGCUACGUGUACAAGUACGACCUCUCGCUGCCCCUGGAUAGGCUCUACGACCUCGUGAGCGACCUGCGGGCCCGCCUCGGCUUGCACGCCAAGCACGUGGUGGGCUACGGCCACCUGGGGGACGGCAACCUGCACCUCAACGUGACGGCAGAGGCCUUCAGCCCGUCGCUGCUGGGCACCCUGGAGCCCUACGUGUACGAGUGGACGGCCAGGCAGCGGGGCAGCGUCAGUGCCGAGCAUGGCCUGGGCUUCAAGAAGAAGGACGUCCUUGGCUACAGCAAGCCACCCGAGGCCCUGCAGCUCAUGCAGCAGCUCAAGGCCCUCCUGGACCCCAAGGGCAUCCUGAACCCCUACAAGACGCUGCCCACCCGCACCUGACGCCCGCUACGGUCAGCGGGAGACUCGGGAGGGGGCCUCGAUCCUUGGCUUUGCCUGUGGGGCGCUCCCGCAGGCCUGGCGUGGGCUCACAGGGCCUCCAUUCGACGGAGCCAGUGGCAGGCGGGGUGCCCGGGCCCGUGGUUGGCGGUGGGGAGCUGGCCCUGUGGAGCCUGGGGCACGUGGCUCUCGGCAGGAUUCCUCCGGGUGCUCUGCCAGUUCUGUUGGGUGGGCCGAGUGGAGAGGGCUGCCCCGUCCUCACUCCAUCCUCGUGGCGGGCACUCCGUCCCUUUGCAGGUCCUGGACAGGCCAGGUGGGUGAGCCAUUCUGCCCAAUCAGAAUAGACCAGGUCGCCCCUGCUUUGCCUGUGGCCCCUGGGAUUCCACCUUGUGGGGUGCAGCUCUGGGAGGGGGCACGGGUGGUCCUUCCGCUGGUCCCCACACAGCGUGAGCCUCCAAGGUGCCCUGGGCAGAGGUGGUGAACUCCAUGUGGGCAGCAGAGCACCGUGAGGUGGGUCCACGCGGAGCUCUGACCAGCAGAGCCCGGGCCGUCGGGCGCUUUACAGAUGACUUUUAGUCACAUUUGAGCCAGUGACAGGAAUGCCCCCCACCGUGGAAGGUGUCAUUUCCCCCGUUUUCCAGAAGGCCCGUGAGUUGGCAAGACCGUUGUUGGAAGACAGGCAUUGGUUUCUUGCACUUGGUGGUUUGCUGUGAUGUGUCCUUCCGGUUCUGCUUUGACCACGAAUGUCAGUAGUGCCGGGUGAGAAGCCCCGCCCGGCACAAGCGUCUUCAGUCACCCCGACCGGGUCCUCCCCAUUGACCUUGGUCCUUGGGGCAGCUGCUCGGGCUGUGCAGACAGUCUGGGAGGCCGGACACGUUUUCUGUUUCUGGCUGCCCUGAACUUCCAGUAAAAGUGGGAAUAAAUCACGGUACUCUCCUUCCUUCUGUUCUUAGAAAAACAACCUCAUAAAAGCCCAGGUGAAGUGCCCGUGUCCCCUGCUCCUCAAGCACCCAGCGUCAGCGACCCGGAGCCUGGCAGUCUGUGUGUGGGGACAGGGCAUCCCUGUCCCCGCCUCCCAUCCCCAUGCCGCAUCCCCCGUCCCUGUCCCCCACUGUGUGGCUUGGAGCCCCGCCUCAUCGGGCCGCUGAGGCGUGGUCUUACGUGGGUAAUGUGCAGUGAGAGGCUUUGUGAUGCAGAGAUACCUCCUAUAAAAAGUCUUAGGACUAAGCAAGUUUUUUUUGGAGAAUUAAAGUAAUGCAUGGAUUAUUAGAGGGCUUAAAACUUUGAGGCAUUUCCUGCUAGAGUAAGGGUAGGGCUUCGAGAAGGUGGCCUAGUGACUGGGGGUGGGAGGGAGCAAGUGGCAGGGGGACCCCUCCAUGUCCUUGAAGGAUAAGCUGGCCCCCAAAGUGUCAAAAAGUGAAGUGGUAUCCACUGGCCCUGCGGUUUACUCCUGGGGCUCGCCCCUCAGGGUCCACCUGUGCGCGUGCACACGCGCUCACACACCUGCACACAAAUGGCACACAUGCACGUGCCGGCGUGUCCCCAGGCCAUGCACGGAGCACCGUCUGCAGGUGGUGUCAGUCAGUGGCCGUGUCGCUGGCCGUGUGUCUGUUGAGAAGGAGGCGGGUGUGUGCCUCUGUGGCCCCUGGACAGAGGGACGGCCAGAGGAGGGGACGGAGGGGGCAGCUCACCUCCUGCUUCUGAGAAAGGCCGUCGACUCUUGGAAGCCGGUUCAAACAGAACCUUCCUGCGUGUCAAGACCGCAGCUGGGACUCACUCUGGGCACCUGGAGGCCGGGUUGGGUGGGGAG